AUGAAGUGGAACCAAAAGUUUUGGACUCCGCGUCCUUCGCUCACCAAAGAUGAGAUCAUCAAGGCGGAAUUCUCUGUUGGUUUAGUGCCUUCUUCCCGCUUCGGACUCGCUCUUGUGUGUCUCCUCACCAUGAUGAAUUUGUUCCUCUUACGAACACAUUUCAACUUCGCCAUGGUAUGUAUGGUCAAACAGUCGACGCCAGACUAUGAAGCCAUAGACCAAAACAUUGUCCCCGAGUCGCAACCCAUGAUUCCUUCGUCAACGAUGACAACGAACCCGGGCCGAGGAAAAGAGAACCUUUUCGGAGACAGCGACCCCUUGUUUGGAUUGCGGCUUAAAGAUGAGUCUGAACGACGCGUUGUCGGCUUGAGGUCGCUCCUAGUCGUUGACGAAAAUGGCGACACCGACAACAUGAACAGCGCGGGGUUUCAGUGCUCGGAAAAUUACCCCGCUGAGAAGCUGAGCUACGAGGGAGAAUUCGAAUGGACGAGACCAAUGCAAGGAACCCUGUUUGGAUCCUUCUACUACGGCUACAUUUCUUCAAUGGUCAUUGGAGGCAUGAUAGGGGACCUGGUGAGUGCCAAAUGGCUCAUGCUUUUUGGCACGUCACUCACGGGUUUGCUGACUUUGGCAGUCCCAGGCGCUGCAAGAAUGAGUCCCCACGCACUCGUCGCUGUUCGGGCUGUUCAAGGCAUCAUUUCAGGCAUGUCUGUGCCGUGUGUGCAUCAACUCGUAGCCAGUUGGUCAUCACCCACCGAAAGACCCGUGCUCAUGGGCCUCGCUUACUCGGGGGUCUCAUUGGGUUACGCCCUUUCAUCCCCGUUUGCUUCCUUUUUCUGCUCCAGUUCUUCCACGGGAUGGCCUUGGAUAUUUUACGUUUCAGGAAUCUGGAGUUGUUUGUGCACUAUCCUCGUCUACUUGUUCGUGUACGAUUCACCAGCUCAACACCCAAGAAUUUCGCAGGAAGAAAAGGAAUAUUUAUUGACAGUGGCUCCUCAUUCGCAAGAGAAACGGGACACUGAGAAGCACAAGAUCCCGUGGGCAAAAUUGCUGACGUCUUUACCUUUCAUCGCAAUUUGCGUGUGUCACUUCUGCAUCAACUGGGGAUUUUACGUUCUCGCCAUUAUGCUGCCGACUUACAUGAGAGACGUGCUGAAAUUCGACGUUCGAGAAAAUGGGAUGCUUUCGGCCUUGCCAUACAUCGGUACAGCAGCGAUUCAACUUACAAUGGGCAGACCGAUUGACUGGGUUAGACGAAAUCGAAAGCUAAGCAUCACAACCAUCAGGAAGGUUUGCAAUACUUUCGGGAUGGGAGCCCCAGCAUUGGCACUUCUCACCCUGGGUUCCGUGGGUUGUGCUGAGCGGUACUUUGGGGUGGCACUCACCAUAGCUGCUCAGUCCCUUCUCGGGGUCUGUUUCGUGGCGGGGUUUUUCGUGAACCACGCGGACUUGGCACCUCGUUACGCUGGUACCAUGAUGGGCAUUACCAACACCGUUGGCAACAUCCAGGGAUUUCUGGCGCCACAGCUCACCACACUCCUCACCCCCAACGGCACCCGGGAAGAAUGGCUGGUGGUGUUCUAUAUUGGAGCCUUCAUGUACCUUUUCGGAGCGGGGUUCUUCCUUUUCUUCGGGUCAGGAGAGCUCCAACCUUGGGCCACUCUCUCAAAUCAUGGUUUGGAAUCAGGUUCACGAGGCAACGCCGACACCACCAGCAUCAGAGCCCGACACCCGUCAUCCGGGGCGCCGGAAGAACAAGACCCCAACGGUCCGAUUUCCGCCGACGAGCUUAAAGCCAGGCUCAACGACGCCAUUGUGGCGGCCGGGAUGAAGCGGUCCAACAGCAGCAGCCUUGCUGGCGGCGACACAGACCUCGGCGCUAUCGUCGUGGGCGGCGGCGGCGGCGGCGACGACGACGACAGCACCGUGUGUCGGCGCCUGAGUCGCAGUCACUUGAAGCCCAUGGUGCCCGACUCCUGUGAAGGGUUCGACGAAAAGGGCUGGUGA